AUGGAUUAAUAAUAAAUUAUCCUAUAAAAUUUAAAGGAACUCUUAAGAAAUAUUAGAACUGAUUUAUUGAUUAAAUACAUUGAAGUUAUUGUAUACUCGAUAUCUAUUUGCUUUAUUCAAAAGAAUACUACAUUAUACAAAUUUUAUUAGAGUUCAUUGAUAGUUUUUAUUUAGGUAAAUAUACUUUUCCUCAUUAGAAAAGAGCAUAGCCUUAACCCAUUAUUACUCAUACUUAAUUUAUAAACACAAAAAGUAAGUUUAAAACUAUGAUUAUAAUUGGAGUGAGCCAUUUAAUAAUCUAUAAUCUUUUGACCCAGAUCAAUUAAACAACAGCAUAAUUAUAUAUCACACAAAUUUCUUGAUUGUCAAAAUCUCUAAUUUAAUGUACCAAUCUGUAUUCUACUUAGUUUUGAAAUCGUUCUCUUUGUAUCCACACCUUAUGAAGUAUAUAGAUACAUAUCAGCUUCUAUUAAUUCUUAUUCAUAUAUCAUACUAUUAGAAAUCACCUUAUAUUUUGCUAGAAGAGUUUAAUAACUAUUACUUCCCUUUCUUGCUGUGUUUAAAUGUUGUUUUUUGUUCUUAUUUUCCAAUCUCAGAAGAAAUAAUCAAAUAACACUAUAGAAUUACCAAAUAGAACACAUAAAUAUUUAGUUACAAGAGAAAACAUGUUUGGAAACUGAGUUAGAUUGUAUAAUCUGUUUAGAGAAAAUAACUGGUAAAUGUAUAGUUCUUCAAUGUGAUCACUCUUAUCAUAAAGAAUGUAUAGACAACUGGGUUAAACAAAAGCCAAUAUGCCCUAUGUGUAGAUCCUCUAUUAAAUGA